GCUGCCUCGUACCUCUCUCAGGGAUAGGGAGGCUGUGAUCCGCAGAUCUCGCGAGGCUCGGAGAAGAGCCUCGGAAACCGGGCUGGUGGGCCGGCCCCUGCGUGAGUAUGGGGGGGGGGCAAGAUGGCGGCCCAAGCCUUGUCGCUGCUGAGAGAGGUGGCGAGGCUGGAGGCGCCGCUGGAGGAGUUGCGCGCGCUUCAUUCCGUGCUGCAGGCCGUGCCGCUCAGCGAGCUUCGUGAGCAAGCGACGGAGUUGCGCCUUGGCCCGCUUUUCUCUCUGCUCAACGAGAACCAUCGGGAAAAGACGACAUUGUGUGUAUCCAUUCUGGAGAGGUUGCUCCAGGCUAUGGAGCCAGUUCACGUGGCUCGGAACCUCAGGGUUGACCUGCAGAGAGGACUAACUCACCCUGAUGAUUCUGUAAAAAUCCUCACUCUUUCCCAGGUUGGAAGAAUUGUUGAAAAUUCUGAUGCUGUUACUGAGAUUCUAAAUAAUGCUGAAUUACUAAAACAAAUCGUUUAUUGUCUUGGUGGAGAGAAUCUAUCUGUAGCUAAAACGGCCAUUAAAUCCCUGUCAAGAAUAUCACUAACUCAAGCUGGACUGGAGGCUUUAUUUGAAAGCAAUCUGCUGGAUGAUUUGAAAACUGUAAUGAAAACCAAUGACAUUGUUCGAUACAGGGUAUAUGAGCUAAUUGUAGAGAUUUCUUCUGUGUCACCAGAAUCUUUAAACUACUGUACCACAAGUGGACUGGUAACCCAGCUCCUGAGAGAGCUGACUGGUGAGGAUGUGUUGGUCAGAGCCACCUGUAUAGAAAUGGUGACAUCAUUGGCAUAUACUCAUCAUGGACGACAGUACCUUGCUCAAGAAGGAGUAAUUGACCAAAUUUCUAAUAUAAUUGUUGGAGCAGAUUCAGAUCCUUUCUCUAGUUUCUAUUUGCCAGGGUUUGUGAAGUUUUUUGGAAACCUGGCUGUCAUGGAUAGUCCUCAACAGAUCUGUGAGCGUUACCCUGUUUUUGUGGAAAAAGUCUUUGAAAUGACAGAAAGUCAGGACCCCACCAUGAUUGGUGUAGCUGUAGACACAGUUGGAAUCCUAGGAUCCAAUGUUGAAGGAAAACAGGUUUUACAGAAAACAGGAACUCGUUUUGAACGCUUGCUUAUGAGAAUAGGCCAUCAAGCAAAGAAUGCCUCGACAGAGCUAAAAAUUAGAUGUUUGGAUGCAGUUUCAUCUCUUCUGUACUUACCACCUGAGCAGCAGACUGAUGAUCUCCUGCGGAUGACAGAAUCCUGGUUUUCCUCUUUAUCUCGGGACUCACUGGAGCUCUUCCGUGGCAUCAGUAGUCAACCCUUCCCUGAACUACACUGUGCUGCCUUAAAAGUAUUAACAGCCAUUGCAAACCAACCCUGGGCUCAGAAACUUAUGUUUAACAGUCCAGGUUUUGUAGAAUAUGUGGUGGACCGGUCUGUGGAGCAUGACAAAGCUUCGAAGGAUGCCAAAUAUGAACUGGUGAAAGCACUUGCUAAUUCUAAGACAAUUGCAGAAAUCUUUGGGAACCCAAGUUAUUUGAGGCUCAGAACAUACCUGAGUGAAGGUCCAUACUAUGUGAAACCUGUUUCUACAACAGCAGUCGAAGGAGCUGAAUGAUUUCUUCUAGAGUCUAAUUAAUGCGGAGGACCAUUUUUGGCCAGAACCUCUCCAAAGGCAUUUGAUUCCAUCUGUAUUUCACAAAACAGAGAUUUCCCUCCCCCAGAAUUAUCAUGAAGUGUCUAAUGUAACUUUAUCACCAACAUUGUUAUGUUUCUACAUUGAAAUACAAAGUGGAACCAGGAGUUUGGAAUAUAUUCAGAGCAGGCAAACUUGGUCACGGUAGAACCAGUAUUUUUCAGAUUCCUUUGACUGCCUUAAUCUUUGCAGCAAGGUGGAAGCUUUGUUCUUUUCACAGAAAAAUGUCAUGAACAUACUCAUGCUCUUAUUUAAGAAUAUAUAUUAAAUAAAAUGGAACCAAAUAGUUUCUGAAUUCUCUUCACCACCUUUUCCCCCCUCCUUUUAAUUCUUUUUUCCUUUCUGAUACUACUUUCAAAGUCUUGGGUAUAUUCUUUGAAAAAUGAGUAGUCUGAAAUCUUAAAAUUAUGUUACCUAAACUAAGAAUACUUUUUAUAAGGUCUCUUUUGGUUUUUUUUUUGUUACUAUUAUUCCUUUGAAAAGUCAACAUAAAAUAAAUUUUUAAAUGUUUGUAGUGUUUGUUUGAUGCCAUUUUUGCUAUUUAUCAGUGAAUUUUGCCCAAGUGUGACUUUGGGGGAGGGAAAAACAUAACAUGCUAACCAGAAAUGUUCCCAAACUGUCAUUUAUUGGUGGAUCAUCAUUGUUGAAGGUUUUAUCGUUAAUUGUUCAUGUCUUUAUCUUGAGUUAAUCAGAGAGAGGGAAACUUACUCCUAAAAACCAGUCAGAACAGAAGGGACAAUAUGUAUAAACCAGAUGUCAUCUCACUAAUUCACAAAGAUAAUCCUUUUUAUUGACAAAAGCUAUGUAUGCCUGCUUGUUUUCCAGUAUUCUCUCUAAACAACAAAGCACUCUACACAUCAAAGGAUGUUGUCAGAGUGACAGGUUUAGAAUUGAGAGAUAUAUUUCUUUUAGACCAUGGUGAAGUUGAUAAACCAACAAUGCACUAUAACAAAAUUGUUGUCAAGUGACUGUAAUUCUCUGUUCUGCAGAUUGAUCAUCAUUCCUCUGCUGUCUCUGGUAACUGAGUCUUUUUUUCAUAUUUCCAUACUGAUUAUUUCCCUGCUGUUAAUACCCCUAAAUCCCUAAUUUGGCUAUAGUCAGGUCUUUCCUGGCCUAAUAAAUAUUCUCUUAAAAUGA